AUGGACCCCGACCUCCUAGAUCGCAAGAUGGACGAUCUCCUCGCCGGCGUCACCACCCAAGCGGACCAAGCCUUCACCACCGAUGCUUCUUUUGAGGAGUUCGAGGCGUGGCUGGAUACCCUUGUUGUGGACGCCGAAACAGCAGUUCCCGACGCCAAAGCGUUGGACGAUGACGAAGAAAUGCGAGACGCGGAUUGGAUCCCGACUCCAGCUUCCGAUUCUGACGACGACUCGGUCACCAUCGUGGAGCCAUUCUCCAUGUUCUUCGAUCCAUGCGUCCUUCGGGAUUCUAGCUUGGAUGAAGACAUGAUCUCCAUGGACCUGAGUGGCAGCGGGUCCGACCCCGAGGUAGAGUUUAUAACUGCAGCUUUGGCUCAGUUGACUCUUACUUUGGAUGUCGGCAACGUCAUCAUCACGGACCAGCAACUAUCCCAGGAAGAUGUCGCAAUGGUGGACCUCCAAAGGCCAAUUCCCCCUGUCAUCGUCAUUGACAUGGCAGAGCCGGAGGAGUCAACUCCCCCCACCGACAACACGAUGGAGCUCAACGGGCCAAUCCCCCCCGUCAUCGAGAUGGCGGAACCCGAAGAGCCCGUCGACGACAUUGUUCCGGAUGCUGUUCCGGAUACUCUCCAGCAUGAGGCAUUGCCCCCGCAACUGCCGUACAUGGGAGACGAUGAUGAAGAUUGGAAUGAGCAGGGCGUCGUGUCUGACGGUUUGACGACACGCAGCAUGUCCCCAAGAGGCUCGGAGGGAGGUGAGCUACUCGUGGUAGCCUCGCCUGGACCUUCCCUCGAGGAUGAGAUGUGGGCCGCCUUUGAAGAAAGGGAUUUAAUGGCCGCCCUGCUCGGCAUGUCACCAGACCGAUUGUCACUUUCCUCGCGAUCGAGAUCGACUUCGCUUGACUCGGGCGACGUGCCCUUAUGGGCAUUUCCCCCUGACAUGGUGAACGCGUCUGACUCUGGUGCUGCCACCAAUCUUUCGUUGAACCAGCUGUUCGACAAUUCCCGGACAAUCGAAGGCAAUCCUACGACCGAAAGCGCCGCUGACGAACUUUCGGAAGAGGAUCCAGCCUCAAGAGAUUCUGUUUCUGGACCGGACUCAGUCACGGAGGCGCAAGAGCCAGCUCCAGAGGACCAUAACCAGGCGGGUAGUUCCGAGUCCCCCGAAGACGACACCACCCUGGCCUCUGGAGAAGUUGCUGAAGAGCAACUACCGACGACUGAGACCCCGGCUCCAGACAACGUACCGGCGAUUGCGAUAACCCCCGAGCCAAACCGAGUGGUUCAGGUUGAGGUCGCGCCUAUCAGGAUGGGAGGACUUAUUCUCCCUGGCGGAAAUCUUGUUCUGCCCGCGACUCCCGCCCCCAUGACCCCGUUGCCGCAGCAAGCCAAUAAUCCCGACCCAGAGGCUGUGAGGAAGCAGAAGGAAGAAAGCCUGGCAAGGGAUCUGCGCAACGUCAUGAGGAGGCGCCAACCUGCUUCCAUUUUUCACCCCAAGCGACCGCAGAAGUCUUCGGCUCUCAUUCGCUCACCAGACGCCGCGGAGAGAGAGAGUGUUCUCCGAUCUCCGCAGUCCUUCCAUGCCAUGUCUCGCGCUGGAAGUGACGCUGAUGGUGGAGUGGAUGCCGAAGAUGAAGGAGCGGCGAGGGUGAUGCUCGCUUCGCCUGCCGUUAUGAAGGCGAUUCGAGACAGUGAGGCUCGGCGAGGUUUUGUGCGUGAAGGCAACGCAGACGAAAGAUGA